AUGACGGUCCCAAACAACAAACCGCGGGGCAAGAAACCCAAGCCAGAAAACCCGAUAUCAGCAGUAACUCGCGCAUGGCUUCUCUCACUCCCCCAGCAAUCCCGACCAUGGAGCACCUCGGACGAAAUAGACACUCUUCUCGGCCAGCAAACACCAAAACGCUUCGCCGUGUACGAGCCCAUGCUUCUGCUCCCCGCCGGGAGCUUCGACAAGGGCCUUUGGCGCACUAUCCUCAACCACCCAGACAUCACGGAUGACAAGAUUCAUCAACUGUGGAAUGCGAUCCUGUGCGAGGUUUCCAAGACGGGCUCAGGCACGCUGACUCACCUCGCCGUCAACGAGGGAAUCCCCCUCCAGACCAGCGUCAAGGGAGACGACGAGAUCACCGCCGACAAGGGCGAGAACGUCCUCCGCACGCCCAGCGGCCUCAAGAUCCUGCACGGCGACUUUGGCCCCUCCGUCAACCCGGCCAGACCCUCGGUCGAGGACUUCGAGGCCGCUUUCUGGGUGUCGACCAAGCAGAACGGCAUCUACCAGACAUGGGCGCCGCGCUGGACCAUGUUCAGCCGUGGCAACAUCAAGGAAAAGACACGUCUCCUUGACUUCCACAGCCAAACGGGCCCGGAAGCAGCAUCCCAUCGCCGCCGGCCGGCCGCGGCCCUGAAGAGUUACUGGGCCGUGGACUUAUAUGCAGGCAUCGGCUACUUCACCUUCUCCUACGCAAAACUGGGCCUGAAGGUCCUCUGCUGGGAACUGAACCCGUGGAGCGUCGAGGCUCUGCGCCGUGGUGCCGUCGCCAACGGCUGGCGCGUCAGGGUCGUCCGGGACGCGGACCUUGAGCUGCCGGCCGCGCGCCUCCUCGGGGGUGACGAGCAGAUUGUCGUGUUUCUCCAGGACAACCAGAAAGCUGCGGGCAGAAUAGCAGACAUGCGCGCCUCGGGCACGGCAGUCGAUGUGCUACACGUCAACGGCGGACUGCUCCCGACCAGCGAGCCUACGUGGCGCGCGGCAUGGGACAUGACGGCCGCCUCACACGACGACUGCUGGCUGCACCUCCACGAGAACGUCGGCACCUACGAAAUCGAAUCACGACGCACGGAGAUCCAAGGCCUGUACGAUGGCUGGGCGGCGGCGACGACGACGACGACGACGGGGGGAAGCCGGGCGGCGACGGUCGAGCAUGUCGAACUAGUCAAGACGUACGCGCCUGAUGUCUGGCAUUGCGUCUUUGAUGUACAUAUUACAAGAUCUAGUAGUGUUACAUGA